AUGGCCGUAUGUUGGACACUACUACUGGCUCUAACUCUAAGCACAAGUCUCAUUCCUGGAGCGCACCCUCUCUCAGAUGCGGCAGUUUUGAUUGCGUUUAAGUACAGCUUAACUGAUCCGCUAAACGUGCUCAUGACUUGGGAUGACAGCCAACCCAACCCAUGCAAUUGGGAUCACAUCACCUGCAAUGACGAGAAUAGGGUAAUUAGAAUGACGUUAAGUCCCAGUCAACUUUCUGGAAAUCUGAUACCUGAACUUGGAUCGCUUUCAGCUCUCGAGCAGAUGAUUCUUGAUUAUAAUGAAUUCUCAGGCACAAUUCCAUUUGAGCUUGGUAACUUGAGGGAACUCACGACUCUCAAUAUAAGAGGGAAUGCAUUAUCAGGAAACAUUCCUCCAUCAUUGGGUAACUUGCAAAAGCUUACGACCCUCGGUCUCGAUUUCAACCAAUUAACUGGGAAAAUUCCUUCAGAAAUUGGAACCCUUAAGAAUCUCCGAAUUGCAGCUUUUAACGACAACAGAGAUCUAUGUUAUGAUUUUCGGCCCACACCAGUAUUUAGAGGCGAUUACCCUCAAUGCCAGUAUAUGUAA